AAAGGGGCGGUGGCGCUCAUUUAAAUAACCGGUAGAACAUGAAGGAAGAGGACGAACUUAACCUCACUGUGAUCCAAACGUACGACAAGUAUUGCACACAAAUCCUGGACAAGUCUCCAAGUGCUCAUGUGUAUUCUUUCCAGAGUGAUAAAAAUGCAUGGGCUAAAACGAAAACAGGUGGCAUAUUUUUCCUAUAUAAGCGAUCAAAAGUUCCUUUUUUCGCUUUCAUGAUUCUGAAUCGUAAGAGUCCAACAUUGAAUCAAAUUGAGUUAGUGACUGCAAGUUUACAGCUUCAGCUGCACUGUCCUUUUCUUUUAUAUAAGACUUCGAAAGGGGAUAUAUUCUCCAUCUGGUUCUUCUCUGGUUCAGAUUGUGAACGCAUCGCGGAAAAACUUGGCAAACUUGUUCACGACGUUGGUGGCUUAGGACUAAAGAUAGCUCCUACAAGCCAAUCCACAAAUUCCAAAUCUAAAUCUUCCAAUUCUGUGAUGAAUUCUAUAGUGGCUGCUCCUAAAUCUCCGGAAACAGUUACUAAAGGAUUAAAUCAGUUAAUGGAUUUCGUUCGUGCGUCCAAUGAAAAUUCCAAGGCAAACUCUUCAAACCCAUCCAAAGUUAAUGACAAUGUAUCUAAUCAUUCCGAAGGACCAAGUAUAUUUGACAUGUUACACAAGGCAGAAGCCGAUUUUAAUUCAGGAAGUAACCGAAGCGUAUCACAAUCAGACAUAACCGUCAAAAAUGAACUACAACGUUUUCGUACAGCUUGCAAUCUUCCAGUUUCAAAUGGAAAUAAUUCAUUCGGCAAUCAUUCUAAACCAGGUGCUAGCGGAGUUUCAAGUAGUAAGAAGAAUAAACUGAGUUGUGGGUCAUCUCAGAUUGUCAAUCAUAUUUCUGUUGCUGAACUUGAAGAACAAUUACUUCAGGAGCAUAUAUCUCUUCCUGAAAACGUUGAUGGGCUAACAUCACGUUCAAAGAUAUCCGGUGAUUUAAAAACAGUUGUCGCUACAGACGAUAGUUCUCCAGAUGACCAGGUGUUAUCACAUGUGUCAGUCAUGGAGUCUUCUGCAUGCUACCUUGAAGGACAUAAAGAUACUCGUGUUGAUCGAAAUCGCCGCCUUCUUAGUGAUGAUGCUGGUUAUGUGGAUGAUGUUGAUGAUGAGGAAGCAUGCGAAGACCCUUGUGGUCGUGGUUUACCCAAAAGCUAUGGAGUUGGCCAACGUAAACAACGACGGCAUAUCCGUCAGCAACAAGAAAAUUUUUCAGAUGAAAUACAUUCACCAUCUAAUCGGUUGGUUAAUCGAAACAAACUCUCGAAUAUCACUCCUAAGUGUAAAACGAUUAUAGGAGAAGACACACUCGUUACACCUGACAUGUUAACCAGCAUCCCAUCAUCGAUUUUCCCCGGAUUAAUGUCCGAAUUUAAUUAUGGUAAACAUACUGUAUCGAGCCCUUUUUCAGAAAAUAAAGCCCCCAUCUCGACAACAGAAAAAUCCGCGAUGAAUGAAUAUCUUACGAAAGAUCAACUAAGAGAAACAUUAAUUCAUUUGUUACAAGUAGGUUUCAUUGUAUUUUUUAUAUCAAAUAAUUAAGAAAUACCCGGAUUUCCUUCAAAUAUAAGUCGUUCAGGUAUUGUGGAAUUUGUUAAAUUUUAUUGAAAUUACGAACCAAUCUAAGUUUGACAACUAUUGAAAGCCUGGAAUUACUAGACGGUUGUUUCGUUCUAGUAUGGGACUACGCAGGACUGCGCGUUCACAACCCCUAGGCCAGGGCUCGAGCCCAGGACCUUCACUCUCACGCGCUGAAGUUUAACCUCUAGACCACUGAGUAGUUAUCCAAUGGUAGGUUGAUUGAAGCUAAAUUGAUCCAUCAUAGAAUCCCAACUCGAUGGUUUAGAGGCUAAACUUCCGUACGCGAGACCGAUGUCCUGGGUUUGACCCUUGUCUUUGGGGUCCGCUAUACAAUAUUGUGAAGUCCCACACUGCCGUCCAGUGCUUACAGGUCUCAUUGAUUGUUGGUUUGUGACCUUAAUUAGUUCGUUCAUUUCAAGCUAGUUUGCAAUGCUUUUUUUGUGCUACAAUUAAAAUAGUUAUCUCAUUUUCCCAUACCAGUUGUCAGUUAUCACUGUUAAUGCUCGCAUUAGCUCACUAAUUGUUAGACUUUUCUGGUUCAACUGUAGUGUUACAACUACUAUCCUUUAUAUUUCUUCUAUUCGGUUAGAUUCGGUUAAUUUCACUUGUCAGGUAGUAGAAGGUUGAAAUCACCAACAAGCUCUUCAGUCUUGUGAAGAAUGUUGCUCCCCGUUUCAUCGUCAUCUAGGAAUAUUUGUGAUCUCUGAUUAGAUCAGAGAGAACCAGCUAAUUCACUUGGAUUGUUCUUACCAAAUGUACGAAAUAAUUCACUAUAAGACUUGAUCGUUCAGAAACAUUCGUGAAAAGUAUCCUUAUAUUGGUUCUAGACGUUCUUUUCGUGUCUUGUAACCGAUUUUCACUUCACUGCCUCUUGAAAAUCCUUUAUUUCAAUAUUAAACCAUAUAGUCAUUAUAGAUAUGAUUGCUCAUUGUAUCCACUGAAGUGUAAGACAUUUAAGACUUUCUCUGUGUUUGUUUUGCUACUAACCACCAACUUUUCUUAUUGCUGUUUUCUUUUCCAGACAGAUGAUGAUUUCUUACAUCGUAUACAUAUUGGUUAUGUUAAUGUAUUAGAAAAACGAUUGCCCAGAAAGUAGAAAGUGCGAUUUUCUUUAUCUGUACUUAUUGUUUUUAGUUUUAGUUGCAUCAAUAGAGAAAAGAUAUACAUUGAUUAAUUAACUAAUCAGCCAGCUGUAUGUAUUAUGUCAAAAUUAGAUUAUGUUAAUUAUAUUUAAUCAAUUUAUACACUUAUUGCAUAAAAAAGGAAGAAGGGGACAAAUGAGACAUGCUCUGUUCAAUUUUGUCAUUGUUUCUUUUCUGGUUGUUUUUAUUUCAGUAUAAAUUUGAACAUUUCGUUUUUUUUUGUUAGUGAUAUCUAUCAUCCAUCGACGGUUGUAAUUUUCAAGCAUUUAUUAUUCUAUGCGUUUAUCUUAUGUAAAAAUAAGCCCAUAUACAUGAACAUACAUAUUGUGCAUAUCUUAUUAUUCAUGUGAAAAUACGUCAUAUAUGAGACGUUUUUCUAUUGUUAUCAAUAAAUAAAUAGUUGGUUUUCUUUUUCAGGAUUUCUACCAAUUUCCCAUAUGUUGUAAUGUAUGUUUGUUGUUUCUUCCUCUGCAAUAUUGUAUUCAAGAAAAAUAUUUAUCCGAAUAAAAUUGAAGUCAGAAGACCUACUC